GGUUCAAAUUUAGUUGCUCUGUUGUUCUGCAAGCCAUGACACGAUCACGGUCCGCGUGAUAUUUUAUUCGCAUCGUAUCGUGAAUUGGCGAGAGAGAGUGGGAGUGCUGGGAGGACGGAGAUGGUAAGAGGGUGCUGAGUGUUGUCUGUACCAAUCUCGGAAAGAGCCACGGCGUGCAUUAGGCUUUUUAGCUGUUGACAGGCAGAUCGGCCAAGCUGUGGCAGAGAGUGCGGUGGCGAUCAAAGUGACCAUUCAAUGAUUGACCUGCUCUAUCUAUGUCUGCAUCUGUGCUAUUACUGCGCCACGAUCGAUAAAGGUUUUUCCUACCCGUGUAUCCGCGCCGAACCUAUCACGAGAGCACUACCAUGGGCAAUCCUCAAGUCGUAUAUGAAGCAUACAUCAUCCCCCGGUUCAAGUAUAAUCAUUCUCUGCCAUGGCCUCUCACACCUACGAGCUCUACUUCACAGGCAGAGACGACCCUCGAGAUGGCUGCAUCAUCAUGGGCGAGGACACAAAGCACAUCUUCUUCGAGUUCGAGACCAGCAUCUCGGACUACAUGACCAACGCUCAGACGACUAUAUCGAGCGAACGCAAGCCCGUCGCCUGCUUCGAGUGGUCCAUGGGCGGCACCCAGCUUGGCUUUGCGACCAUAGGGAACAGACACUUUCCAAUGUCCAACCUCGUCAUGCCUGGUUCAUCGGCAAGUGCUCGCCAAUUUUGUUCGGUCGAUGGCAGACAUUUCGAAUGGCGAAGCUGCUACGAUGACCCGCAAUCUUAUGAUCUAUUCACUUACAACGUCAGGAUCGCGGUUUUUCGAAGAUACCCGCAGGCGACACCUGUGGGUCCCUCACAUGGUUUCAUGCAAUAUACCCUCGUGCAUGAUAUCCCGUUACUCGAAGCCCUCAUGGCCCUUAGUCUUAACCGCUGGAUAGAUUGGGGCCAGAGGGUUCCCUAAUGUGCUGCCACGAUGACUCCUCUCAUACAGUAUACCAGUUUAUUGACCGUUGAUUUAUACGGGUAUCAAUGACAAAGGAAAUACAAAGGCUGCAUGCAUGCAAUUAC